AUGGCCUCCAGCUCGGAGCCCAUCAACCCCACCAGCAACCUGUCGACGGUGGCGGUGCUGCCCGUGUGCGACGAGGAGCCCAUGGCGGCCUUCACGCUGGGGCUGCAGCACGCGCUCAACGCCAUCGGCCCCACGCUGCUCCUCACCAGCGACAUCAUCCGCGCCCGCCUGGGCUCCUCGGCUCUGGAGAGCAUCCAGGAGUACCGGCUGUCGGGCUGGCUGGCGCAGCAGGAGGACCUGCACCGCAUCGUGCUCUACCAGACCGACUGCACGCUGACCCCCUGGACGCUGCGCUGCAUCCGCCAGGCCGACUGCGUGCUCAUCGUGGGGCUGGGCGACCAGGAGCCCGCCCUGGGCGAG